UCCGUUUGCUGUCUGUGCCGGUGCCACUGCCACUGCCACUGUCUGCACUUUCAACCCAUUUGCCUCGGUUGCCGAAAAAAAGAAAAGAGGACCGUCACUUUUUAAAAUAGCAUUACAAUACAUUUGGGGAAAGAGAUUGCAUUGCACGCGCUCAGCGUUGACUUGAGGAGGCCUAAGAUUAUUAUAAUCUAUCACCUCUAUUCAACAACUGCAACUGGGCAUGUCAUCCGUUUGUCUACGAAAGUGGAUAGAAAUCCAUUGUCCGCUUGCUUGGUGCGGUUGCAAGGAGGAGGCAGUCGGUUUUAUAUGUGUUUUGGGCUCGCAGGAGCUUCGGUUUAUGUAAUCCCAAAUGUCCAUUUGGGGUAUUCCAGUUACAUAAUUUGUGGGUUUUUAUCAAGUAUUUGGCAGGCAUCCAAUUUGAGAUUUGGGUUUGUUUUUCCUAGUUUUGUGGCUAGAAUGGUUGCUUGGGUGUUUUGGUGGUCCAUAUGGGUAUCUUUGUUUUGUUUUCCUUUGUCAUUCUUCGCCGAGGUAUUGGAGUGCGGUGGUGAUGAGCGGGCGGCAUUGCUUGAAUUCAAGAGACAGGUGAACAACUCUUUAUAUUGGCAGGGGGAUUUGUGCUCAUGGGAGGGAGUGGAAUGUGGGGACGGAAGCAACAGAGUGACGAAACUAAAGCUGCAGCAGAAAGGACUUAAAGGGGUUGUUUCAAGGUCUCUGGGCUGCCUGCAGAAUCUUAAAGAACUCAAUCUUUCCUUCAAUUUACUAUCUGGAGAUGCCCCUCCAGAAUUGUUCCGGUUGCAACAUAUGGAAAUACUGGAUCUGAGUUUCAACAAUUUCUCGGGCUCCAUAACGAUACCUGCUUCAGAAGGUUUGGCAAACAUCAGAACCCUCAACAUCUCAAGCAAUUUCUUUCGAGGUGAGCUCCCUAACUUUGGGACUGCUUCCAAUUUGAUUGCUUUCAAUGUAAGCAAUAAUUCUUUCACUGGUCCUAUUCCUACCAACGUUUGCAAGAAUUCAAGUUCAGUGCAGAUUCUAGAUUUUUCUAUGAACAAAUUUACUGGCCCUCUGAAUGAAGGCUUGGGAAGUUGUGAGGCCCUGGUGGAGUUCAAUGCAGGAUCCAAUCACCUACAUGGAUUACUUCCAAAUGAUAUCUACAGUGUCUCAUCUUUAAGACGGUUGCUCCUGCCUAGCAAUGAUUUUUCAGGACUCGUAGUUGAAAGAGUCGGAAAUCUGUCAAAUAUCGCCAUCCUUUCACUGGAAAAUAAUAAAUUUUUGGGUGAGCUUCCAAAGGAGCUUGACAAGCUUGAGAAAUUAGAGGAACUGAUUCUUGCCAAUAACAAGUUUAAUGGGUCUCUGCCUGCUUUGUCCUCCUGUCACAAGUUGCAAGUUCUCAAUCUAAAGAAUAAUUCUUUUAUUGGGAACAUUGGUCUGAACUUCACAAAUUUUCCUGACCUUGUUUCACUGGAUCUAGCCAGCAAUCAGUUAUACGGUACCAUCCCUACAUCACUAUCCGACUGCAAAUCAAUAAAAACCCUAAGUUUGGCAAAAAACAAACUUCAAGGUGAAAUUCCUCAAGGCCUGGGAUCUCUGCAAGUUCUUUCAUUUAUCUCCCUUUCAAAUAACAGUCUAGUAAAUAUCUCCACUGCAUUGCUUGUCUUACAAGGUUGUCCCAACCUCACAACUUUGAUUCUUUCUAAGAAUUUUCAUGGAGGGCGGUUAAGUUCAUUUGGUAUUGAUGGUUUCCAAAAGCUCAGGAUUUUAGCUCUUGGAAACUGUGGCCUUAGAGGCCAGGUUCCCAGUUGGCUUCAGAACUGCAAGUCUUUACAGGUGCUUGAUCUCUCAUGGAAUAGCUUUACUGGAAGUCUUCCUCCUUGGUUGGGUAACUUCGAAUUUCUGUUUUAUUUGGACAUGUCAAACAAUUCUCUCUCAGGCGAGAUCCCCGUGAAUCUUACACAAUUGAAGAGCCUCACAUCAUUGAAAAACCUCACAGCUGCAGAUCGAACCUCUCUCGACCUUCCUCUAUUUAUAAAGCACAAUCAGAAUGCAAGUGGAUUGCAAUACAACCAAGUAUCAAGUUUUCCUCCGGCAUUGUACUUGGGCAGAAACCGCCUAAAUGGUAGCAUAUGGCCGCAGUUUGGAGGGAUGAAAUAUCUCCAUAUUCUAGACUUGAGCAGAAACAGUUUAACAGGAUAUAUUCCCGAUACACUCUCCAAUAUGACAAACCUGGAGAACUUAGAUCUGUCUGAUAAUAAUCUCACUGGAAUCAUACCAUCAUCUUUGAAGGCACUGACCUUUCUGGCUAAGUUCAAUGUGGCUGACAAUCAUUUGACAGGACAAAUUCCAAGUGGUGGUCAAUUCUUCAGCUUCCCUAUUAGUAGUUUUGAAGGAAACUCAGGUUUAUGUGGUUGGCCUCUCAACUCCUGCAACAACAAAACCCUUCGAUUGCCAAAUGUUCAAAACAGUCCAGUCCGGAGUAGGCUGAAGAGGAACACCAUUCUGGGGAUAACUAUUGGUGUUGCAGUUGGAAUUGCUAUACUUCUGUCUGCAAUAAUAUGCAGCUUAUCAAGGAGACGGAUUGAGAUUCAGGAAUUUGAGAAUGAUGAAGAAUUUGGAAUGCCUGAAAGAGUCUCUGAAACUGUUGGAUCAUCCUUGGUAAUUCUAUUUAAAAACCAGCAUAAUAAGGAGCUUACAGUUGCAGAUCUCUUAAAAGCAACAAACAAUUUUGAUCAGGCAAACAUCAUUGGGUGUGGAGGCUUUGGAUUGGUGUAUAGAGCCACUCUGGCAGAUGACACAAAAGUUGCAAUAAAAAAGUUGACUGGAGACUGUCUACAGAUCGAAAGAGAAUUCACGGCAGAAGUGGAAGCUUUGUCGAGAGCCCAGCACAAGAAUCUGGUGUCCUUGCAAGGGUAUUGCUUAUAUGGGAAUGACCGGUUGCUAAUUUACUCUUACUUGGAAAAUGGAAGCUUGGAUUAUUGGCUGCAUGAAAGGCCAGAUGGAGGUACGGUGCUGGACUGGGGUAAUAGGCUAAAGAUAGCUUUAGGAGCAGGCAGAGGUUUGGCAUAUUUGCAUAGGGUAUGUGAACCUCAUAUAGUGCAUAGGGAUAUCAAGUCAAGCAAUAUUCUAUUAAAUGAUAAAUUUGAAGCCCAUUUAGCAGAUUUUGGUCUAUCAAGGCUUAUUUUGCCAUACGAUACACAUGUGACCACAGAACUUGUGGGAACACUUGGAUAUAUUCCACCUGAAUAUGGACAGACCUGGAUAGCCACUCUCAGAGGUGAUGUGUACAGCUUUGGGGUUGUGAUUCUGGAGCUUCUUACUGGCAAGAGGCCUGUUGAUGUCUGCAAACCAAAGGUAUGCAGGGAAUUAGUGACAUGGGUAAAACAAAUGAGGUCUGAUGGUAGAGAGGAAGAAAUCUUUGAUCCCAUUUUGUGUGGUAAGGGAAAUGAAGCUCAAAUGUUGCUAGUUCUCAAUGUUGCAUGCAUAUGCACAGAUCAAAAUCCUUUAAAAAGGCCUACCAUUCAAGAAGUAGUUUUGUGGCUUGAAAAUGUAGGCAUUCAUUCCCAACAGUUGAAAUAGGUUUUUCAUCUGUUGAUAAUAAAUGCUGCUUUUCGAUUACUUCUAAUUAUGAUUACUUUUUUUUUCCUGACCUCAGUACAUGUACAGUUGCAUUGUUUUGCUUUUUAUCCAAGAAUAUGGGUUUGAAGUCGAAAGCUUAUCCAUAUACUAAAAUGUUCCUUGCCUAUCUAUAGCUGGGUGAGGAAAGCUAGAUUUAUUCUGUGACAUUCCAAUUAUAUUCUGUUACGAGCUAAUUACACACAGAUAAAAGCAGGUGCUCCUUCCUUAUUGAGGGACCCAUUUUUCCCAGUUUUUUGUACAAAGGGAGAUGUUUUCUUCGUAUAGGUAUAUCCUAGAGCAAUUUGUAAUGUAUGACUACACAUUUCAAUAAAUUUAAUCUCAGCGAGACAGAUUUCCUAGAUUA